AUGGUUCACUGUGUUCAACUAACCGCCCAACCCACCCGCGUGGCGCUGAUGUGGCACCUGCGUGGCAAGAGAGGCGCAGCGCGAUGGACGCGAAAUCCCGCGACGCUCCGCCGCCUCCGCCGCCCCGCCAAGAGGAAAUCCUCCUCCUCCUCCUCCGCCGCCUCCGCCGCCGCCGCCGCCGCCCUCUUCUCCCCCUCCUCCUCCUUCUUUUCCUCCACCCCCUCCAAGCGCGUCGCCAAGGAGCGAAACCCUAUCCUCCACCACCACCUCCUCCCCCCGACCCACAACGGUCCCCUCACCCGCGCCCGCCAAUCCCCCAACAAGCUCGGCUCCGCAGCCACACCGCAUAGGCCACCGCCCCCGGAUCUGGCGGCGCCGCCAUCGUCGGAGCCGCUCGUGGACGCGGAGUUCGAUGCCGUCCGAUCUCGCGGCGCCGGUGUUCAUGUCGUCCCCACUUUCGCCGGAUGGUUUUCAUGGAGCGCAAUCCACCCAAUUGAGAAGCAAACCCUAGCUUCAUUUUUCAACGGGAAAUCCGAGAAACGGACACCUGAGAUUUACCUUGAAAUAAGGAAUUCCAUCAUGCAAAAGUUUCACGCCGACCCGAAUGUUCAGGUGGAACUGAAAGACUUCUCCGAGCUAUCCGUAGGUGAUGCGGAUGCCAAGCAAGAAGCCUUUGAGUUCUUGGAUCACUGGGGUUUGAUAAAUUUCCACCCUUUCCCGCCGUCCGGGACCAACGACAGCAAAUCCGACGGUGAUAAUGGGGAUGAUAAGAUGUCCUCGAUAGUUGGUAAGCUUUAUCAAUUUGACACGGUUCAAUCGUAUAUUAAUUCGGCUCAUAAGAAAGCAGAGCCCACUAUGCCGGCUCCACCACCUAGCUUGAUCUCCGAGACAGCCCUAGCUGAUGCUUUGGUUAUUACGCUCGAGCCUUCGGUUGAGUAUCACUGCAAUUCCUGCUCAGCUGAUUGCUCACGCAAGCGCUACCAUUGCCAAACGCAGGCAGAUUUUGAUCUAUGUAUCGACUGCUUCAACGAAAGGAAGUUCGAUCCAGGCAUGUCACCAGCUGAUUUUAUUCUUAUGGGACCUGCAGAGGCUCCUGGUGCUAGUGGUGCUAACUGGACUGAUCAGGAGACCCUGCUUCUUCUGGAAGCCCUUGAACUAUUUGGAGAGAAUUGGAGCGAGAUCGCUGAGCAUGUUGCCACAAAAACCAAAGUCCAGUGUAUGCUACACUUUCUGCAAAUGCCCAUUGAAGACUCCUUUUUGGAUGGCGAUGAUGAAAUUAAUGAAUCUAUUCAAGAAAAAGCAGAAACCACUUCUGCUGAUAAAGAGUUGGCUUCUACAACUGUUCCUGAGAAAAUGGAAGUUGAAAACCAAGUAGAAGAAAAAGAAAAAGAAGAAGAAGAAAAAAAAGAAAAAGACAGCGAAGAUGAAAAAGAAUCUUCAGAUGUGAAAAUGUCUGAAAAGAUAGAAGGCGAAAAUACUGGAGGAAAAGAAUCGGAUGCUAUUAAUCUUCCUGACAAUAAGGAUGUCGAAAACUCAGGAAAAGCAGAUUUGCCUAUCAAAUCCGACACAGAUGAUACAGAGAAGAAAAAUACGGAUAAUAUUUCUAGUGAAAGUGCUUCUGACAGUGCUGUUGAUGCAUUAAAGUUAGCAUUUCAGGCUGUUGGUUUCUUUUCUGAAAACGGAGAGUUGGGUUCAUUUGCAGAAGCAGGAAACCCCGUGAUGGCCUUGGCAGCUUUUUUAGUAGCUCUAGUGGAACAUGAUAAUGCCAUUACUUCAUGUCGUAGUUCACUAAAAGCCAUUUCAGAGGAAUCUCCUGCUAUCCAACUAGCUACAAGACAUUGCUUUAUUCUUGAAGAUCCACCUGGUGAUAUGAAGAGCAAAAUUGCAAGCAAGGGUGCUGAGUGUCAAAAAGAUGAAGAUCAAACACUAAGUUUGAAUGGCACUGAUAAAUUGAAGGACAGCAAAGAACAGAGUGAGGAGAAUGCUCUUUCUCUUGAGAAGAAAAUGGAUCCAUCUGCGUUAACAAAGGGUGAACUGAAGCUGCCAGAUGAGAAGGUAUUGGGUAAUGAAGGCCCUUUGUCGGAGGCAGCAGUGAACAACAUUAGAAGUUCUGGUGAUCAGAAGGAUGCUACUGAUGCCAAUUUACCAGCAGUUCCUCCAACAAAUAAUACAAAAGAAUCGGUUGUUUUAGAUUCACGAGAAGCUGCUGAAAGUGUGGAGAAGAAGAUGAAUGACUUGAAGUCGGUAGGAGAGGAGAAACCACUUAAUGUAAAGGUGGGCGAUUUAGAUUCACAGGACAAGGGCGAGAUAGAUACAUUAAAGAGUAAAGAUACUGGAGCUGCGCCGGCUGCCAAUGGGGAACAAGAGUCCAAGCAAACAAGUGAACCAGGUUCUACAUUACAAAAGAGGGAGGAGGCUGGUGAGGGAGAUAAAAAAGAAGUCGCAUCCACUGAUGACAAGAGUGCCAACUUGGAUUCAAGCCAUGGUAAUUAUGCUCUAAUUAGGUUAAAACGUGCUGCAGCUACUGCUCUUUCGGCGGCUGCAGUGAAUUCUAAGCUUCUUGCAAAGCAGGAGGAGGAACAGAUCCAGCAACUUGUCUUAUCAAUUAUAGAAAAACAGUUUCAUAAAUUGGAGUCUAAAUUGGCACUCUUUGCGGAUCUUGAAAACAUAAUCCUGAGAAUAAGGGAACAAACAGAAAGAACUAAACAAAGACUUCUUCACGAACGCUCGCAAAUAAUUGCUGCUCGACUGGGUCUGCCUGCGCCAUCUUUUAGACCUAACCCAACUUCUGUACCGCCGGGCAGAUAUCCAGCAGGCUAUGGGAUGCCAAGCACAAAUUCAUUAAACGUGGUCGCUCAAAAACCGCCUGCUAUGAGAAGGCCAUGAAGUAUGUCUUUUUUCUAAGUACAUUGAAGCUCAGCACUUUGUAAAGUAUUGCUGAUGAUAUCAUAUUGCUCACAUAGAGUCAGCAUCAUCAUUCUUAAGUGAAGGUUUUGUGCUGAUAUGCACUGUGCUGCCUAUGAACUAAAAUGUUCUUAUUGUUAGUUUGAAGGAUUCUUGUUUUUGCCCCUUGUACAUGACUCAGAAGCAAAUUCACCGAGCUAGAAUGUUGUUUUACAGUGGGUAAGCCAUUUCACCAUGUAAGCAUUGGUCCUUUUUAAUGAAAAUCCAUUUAGGCUCCAUGAGCUCUAUUUUAGUAAGAAUUGAUUGCAUAAA